GCAGUGUCGGUGUCCAUAAAAGAAGAGCCACCAGAGCAGAGCAGAGCAGAGAAAUGAGGGGUCGGUGUUUCCCGAUUUGCCCAGAUCCAGCUCUCCCAUUCCUUAAUUAGACCCUUCUUCGUCAUCUCACCUCCCAAAUUAAGCUUCUUCUUACCCACAUUUCCCAACUUAGCCCCUUCUUUUCUUUUUCUAAACCCUAAUACCAUUACCUUCCAUGCUCUUCAUUUGAAAUAGAUCUGGAGUUCAGGCCUCGAUAUAGAAAAAUGGGGCGUAAAUCCAAGUCCAGAGGUUGGUGCGGAUGGUUUCUGGUUUUGAUCAUAUUGGCUCUCGUCGUCGGUGCCGUUGUGUACACUAUCAAGAAGAGAAUCGCUAAAUCCGAUGACGACUCUCCGGUUCCUGGUCCGCCGGGCGCCGUCCAGAAGAAGUACGCAGACGCCCUCAACAUUGCAAUGCAGUUCUUUGAUGUGCAGAAAUCUGGUAAGUUAGUUGACAAUAAGAUAUCAUGGAGGGGAGAUUCGGCGAUAAAGGAUGGAAGUGAAGCAAAGCUCGACCUGUCUAAAGGCAUGUAUGAUGCAGGGGAUCAUAUGAAGUUUGGUUUUCCUAUGGCUUUCACUGCUACAGUGCUCUCAUGGGCCAUUCUCGAGUAUGGAGAUCAGAUGGGUGUGGUGAACCAAUUAGAACCUGCCAAAGACUCGCUCAAGUGGAUUACUGACUACCUUAUAAAUGCUCAUCCUUCUGAUAAUGUUCUCUACAUACAGGUGGGUGAUCCGGAAGCAGACCAUAAAUGCUGGGAAAGGCCUGAAACCAUGAAGGGGAAGAGGCCCCUCACACAAAUCAACACAUCUGUUCCUGGAACAGAGGUUGCUGCAGAAACUGCUGCAGCCAUGGCUUCAGCAUCUCUGGUUUUUAAGGAAGGCGACUCUGCAUAUUCAAGCACACUUCUCAAGCAUGCAAAACAAUUGUUUACUUUUGCCAAUAAUCAUAGAGGUUCUUAUAGUGAAAACAUUCCAGAAGUUCAAACCUAUUACAAUUCAACUGGAUAUGGAGAUGAACUCUUAUGGGCAGCUAGCUGGCUUUAUCAUGCAACCAGGGACAAAACAUACCUUCAGUUUGUGACUGAAAACGGGGAUGAAUUUGCCAACUUUGGAAGUCCAACCUGGUUCAGCUGGGAUAAUAAGCUUGCAGGAACGCAGGUCUUGCUGUCCAGGUUAACAUUCUUUGGCACUAAAGACACCUCAGGGAAUAAUGGCCUUCUAAAGUACAGACAGACAGCUGAGGCUAUUAUGUGUGGCCUCCUCCCAAAGUCCCCAACAGCCACAUCUAGUAGAACAGAUGGUGGUCUUAUAUGGGUCAGUGACUGGAAUGCCUUGCAACAUCCCGUUGCUUCAGCAUUUUUAGCUUCUCUUUACAGUGAUUACAUGCUCACAUCACGAACUGCCAGGCUUUCCUGCAGUGGGGAAUCCUUCAAACCAUCAGAGCUUAGAAAGUUUGCCAAAUCCCAGGCUGAUUAUGUCUUGGGUGACAAUCCUUUGAAAAUGAGCUUCCUAGUGGGCUACGGGGAGAAAUACCCACAGUUUGUGCACCACAGAGGAGCUUCAAUUCCAACUGAUGCAACAACUGGCUGCACCGAUGGCUUCAGGUGGCUUGACUCGGACGAACCUAAUCCUAAUGUAGCUGUUGGAGCACUUGUUGGCGGACCAUUUCUAAAUGAAACUUAUAUCGACUCUCGGAACAACUCCAUGCAAGGGGAACCCAGCACAUAUAAUGGUGCCGUUGUUGUCGGUCUCCUAUCAAGUUUAGUGACCACGUCUUCUGCAGUUCAAUCCUUUGCCUAAAGUAGCCUCGGUACACAAUUACUACACGUUGAUUGUAUUAUAUGUAAGGUGUAUGCAUAUUCAUUCUCUACAGAUACUCUUUUUCUUUUGGUAAUGAUUUUUACCAAGUUCUUAGUAUAUGAAUAGAUGUAUCUUUUGCUCCUUCGCCCGUCAAUCAGAUUCUCUUUUUAUCUUGGUAAGUGAGAUGCCGGUUCUCAAACCUUGUACCGUUUGGAGUUUUAAGUGUUAGGACAAUGUUAAUGCUCGGAGACCUGAGUAGGUCCUUUAAA